GCUUGGUUGCCUUGCAAAACAAAAAGAAGCUGACAUUCAGAUUUCCUAAUGUGAUGGGAAUUGCAGCUCGCAACUUUUUCCUUGUUUAUCGGUGCUAGUUAGUAGCGAAAAGGUGCAUAAUUUCGUUUUUACAAUCGCCAACCUUGAGCACCACUCUUCGCGCCAGAUCGCAUUUUAAUUCGAGACAACUGUGGCGGCCAAGGAAUUUGCCGCAAAGGGAUCGUCCUCACUGGUCCCACCAGCAGUAGAAGGUCGGGGGAGGUGUAAAGUAACGCUACUGCAUGAUGUCGAUGCCUCACGGACAGAGCUAUGAUUAUCAUCGAACCACGUUCGAUGGGGAACGAAACGAGCGCUGCGGAUGCUGCGUUCGUACGAUGAAAUGGUUUCCAGUGCUGUUUAUUGCCUCUGUGAUCGGUUGGUCAUACUACGCGUUUGUGAUACAACUUUCCUUUUUUACCGUCACCAACAUUGUUCAGAGGAUAUUGUUCCUGCUCUUCUACCAUGCCGUGCUGGUUAUGUUCCUGUGGUCGUACUACCAAACAGUAUUCACCGACAUCGGUCGGGUUCCCUCCAGGUUUCACGUUCCGCGAGCAGAGCUCGACCGAAUAGUACGUGCUACGAAUGAGGUGGAGCAGAAGGAAAUACUCGAAACGUUUGCGAAGGAACUUCCGGUGGUGACGCGAACGUUAAACGCAUCCGUGCGCUUCUGCGACAAAUGCCGGCUCAUCAAACCGGAUCGGGCACAUCACUGCAGCGUGUGCGGCGUUUGUGUCCUGAAGCUGGACCAUCACUGCCCCUGGGUUAACAAUUGCAUCAAUUUCACCAACUACAAGUACUUCAUUCUAUUUCUGGGCUAUGCACUGUUAUACUGUGUGUAUGUAGCAUGCAGUACCAUCCCCUAUAUGGAGCUAUUGUGGACGGGUAAAAUUGAUGGUAGAUUUCAUAUUUUGUUCCUGUUUUUCGUCUCCGUUAUGUUUGCAAUCAGCUUGGUUAGCCUGUUCGGCUAUCACGUUUACCUGGUGCUUCUGAAUAGGACGACGUUAGGUAAGCUUUCGUCGAUUUUUACACAUUUGAUAGCAUCAAAAUCACACCACAUCCAUUGCUACUUCAUUGUAGAAUCAUUUCGUACACCAAUUUUCCGAUUCGGCGGUCCAGAUAAGAAUGGGUUCAGCUUGGGAAAGCUGAACAAUUUUCAGGAAGUUUUUGGAGAUGAUUGGCGGCUGUGGUUCGUUCCAGUGUAUACUAGCAUGGGCGACGGCGUAGUGUACCCAAUGCGAUGCUAUGACGAGGACGCCGAAGCACUGCUAGGUGGCGAACAGCAUGGUAAUCGUUCCGGAACGGAAAACCUUCACGAUUUCGAAGCAGCAACGUUUUUGAAUGAAUAUGGCAAUCUAAUGAACUGAACAAUAAUAAUGCUAUGUUUUAAAACGCGUAGUUAUGUCUUAGAGUGUGGAUCGUAACUAUUGUUUAGUUAGUUAAUUUGCUAUAGGCAUAGCACGUACCAGAUUCGGCAGCAGUAGUAUGCAAAUAGGCAAAAGAUGGAUAUUAACAAUGCAAUAGACCGUAGGAAACGUCAACUUAAACACGAACAAAAUUACGAUAUUCCAGCUUUAAUGUUCAAAUGUGAUGUAAGUCAUAUCCAUCAAACAGUCUUUAAGCAAAGUAUUUAAAAAUCACCUGUAAUUCAAUCGUACCCCCAGAUGCUGACUUGAGACUAUUUUACGUGAGCCAGUAUGCAUUUAUUUAUCAAACUCAACACCAUUCCAGUGAUGCGUAAACGACGAAAUUUUUCUUGGCAGUCCGAUUUGUAUGUGUUUUUAAAUGAUACUGAUUAGUACUGUUAACACAUUCGAUAGAUAUAAUAUGACAUCGGUAGCAAAUAAAAGAGUGUUAUUUACCGUAAAGAUAAAUUGAAACAGUGACAUCGCUACGGACUGAACGCUGUUCAUACAAGGGAACUAGGAAAGCGAUAAAUCUACGAAAAGGAAAAGGUUUUAGCCGCUGCUGUACCAUUAGGGUGGGCCUUGUACAAUAUAAAAGGGACGAAUGUUGGACUGAAGAAAAUGAAACACGGUAGAAGCUUAGAUUGUGUAAGAAAUAAAAUGUCUUUCUAUAUGA